UGAACGUCAACAUGGCCGAAACCAUGAGAGCAGCUGCUGAGAGUUGAUGUGGCACUGAAGAGUAGCAGUGGCAGUUAAUUUGAAUUGAAUAAGUAAUAUUUAUUUAGCAGAUUAAGUUGUACAGAUCUGGUCACCAUGUAUCUCCAGAAGAUGUUCUCGUGUUCUCGGCUUUUAGCGAGACCAAAUGCUCUGCAAACCUUCAGAAGAGCUGCUUCUCAAGGCAAAAAUCCCUCUUUCUUCCCAUUUCCUACACUCCAUGCUGUGCGUCAGUGGAGUAAUGUGCCUUUUUUUACAGUGCCACUGGCACGGGCGCACGGUAAGUCAUUUGCCCACCGCAGUGAGCUGCGCCAGGCCAAAAGAAUCGUUGUCAAGUUGGGGAGUGCCGUCGUAACCCGCGGCGACGAGUGUGGCCUCGCUUUGGGCCGACUUGCUUCAAUAGUAGAACAGGUGGCCGUGCUUCAGAAUCAGGGUAGAGAGAUGAUGAUCGUGACCAGCGGUGCUGUAGCUUUUGGAAAGCAAAGGCUGAGGCACGAAAUUCUUCUCUCACAGAGCGUCAGACAAGCCCUGCAUUCAGGCCAGAAUCAGCUCAAAGAUAUGGCACUGCCGGUUCUAGAGGCGAGAGCGUGUGCCGCUGCGGGACAAAGUGGGCUUAUGGCUCUGUAUGAAGCAAUGUUCACUCAGUACAGCACCUGCACAGCCCAGAUCCUGGUAACAAAUCUGGACUUUCACGACGACCAGAAAAGACGAAAUUUGAACAGCACCCUUCACGAGCUGCUGCGUAUGAACAUCGUUCCCAUUAUCAACACCAAUGAUGCUGUGGUGCCUCCCCCAGAACCCAACAGUGACCUACAGGGGGUAAAUGUUAUCAGCAUCAAGGAUAAUGAUAGUCUUGCAGCGCGGCUUGCCGUGGAGAUGAGGGCAGAUCUACUCAUCGCUCUCUCUGAUGUAGAGGGCCUUUAUGACAGCCCACCAGGGUCAGAUGAUGCCAAGCUCCUGGACACAUUUUACCCUGGGGACCAGCACUCCAUAACCUAUGGCACAAAGUCCAGGGUCGGGAUUGGGGGAAUGGAAGCUAAGGUAAAAGCUGCCCUCUGGGCUCUCCAAGGUGGGACUUCUGUUGUGAUUGCUAAUGGUACACACCCCAAAGUCACAGGUCAUGUGAUCACUGACAUUGUUGAGGGCAAAAAAGUGGGAACAUUCUUCUCAGAGGUCAAGCCAGCUGGCCCUACAGUUGAGCAGCAGACAGAAAUGGCUCGCUCUGCUGGCAGGACACUUGCUUCCCUUGAACCCGAACAGAGAAGUGACAUCAUCUGUGCAUUUGCUGAUCUCCUCACCGAGAGGAAAGACGAGAUCUUAUCUGCCAACAAAAAGGACAUGGAGCAUGCUGCCAGCAUAGGUCGUCUGUCUCCAGCCUUGCUGAAGCGACUCGCUUUGUCAUCCUCAAAGCUGAACAGUCUGUCCAUCGGUCUGCGCCAGAUCGCAGUGUCCUCUCAGGACAGCGUUGGCAGGGUUCUGCGAAGGACCCGUGUGGCAAACAACCUGGAGCUGGAGCAGAUCACUGUCCCCAUAGGAGUACUGCUGGUCAUCUUCGAGUCACGGCCAGACUGCCUCCCCCAGGUUUCUGCUUUAGCCAUUGCAAGUGGAAAUGCUCUUUUGCUGAAAGGUGGCAAAGAGGCAGCCAACACAAAUCGCAUCCUGCAUGAGCUCGCCCAGGAGGCCCUGUCCAUUCAUGGAGUGAAAGACGCCAUCCAGCUGGUGAGCACGCGUGAAGAGGUGGAGGAUCUGUGCCGUCUGGAGAAGAUGAUUGAUCUGAUCAUUCCCCGUGGCUCCUCUCAGCUAGUCAGAGAUAUUCAGCGUGCAGCGAAAGGCAUCCCUGUUCUUGGUCAUAGUGAGGGAAUCUGCCAUGUUUAUGUGGACCAUGAGGCCAGUAUUGACAAAGCCAUCAAUAUCAUCCGAGACUCCAAAUGUGACUACCCUGCAGCCUGUAACGCUAUGGAAACCCUGUUGGUGCAUCGAGAUCUUCUCAGAACACCACUGUUUGAUCAGAUCAUCGACAUGCUGAGAACAGAACAUGUGAAGAUCCACGCUGGCCCCAAAUUUGCAUCCUACCUGACCUUCAGUCCAUCAGAGGUGAAAUCUCUGCGUACCGAAUACGGGGAUCUGGAGUGCUGUAUCGAGGUGGUGGACAGUACGCAGGAGGCUGUUGAUCACAUUCAUAAAUACGGCAGUUCCCACACUGAUGUGAUUGUCACGGAAAAUGAGGAAACAGCAGAGCAGUUCCUUCAGCAAUUGGAUAGUGCCUGUGUCUUCUGGAAUGCCAGCUCACGCUUUGCUGAUGGAUUUCGUUUUGGUCUCGGUGCGGAGGUUGGCAUCAGCACGGCCCGUAUUCAUGCCCGUGGACCUGUGGGGUUGGAAGGGCUUCUCACUACCAAGUGGGUCUUACGGGGUGAAGGCCAAACAGCUGCAGACUUCUCUGAGCAGGGCAGCAUGACGUAUCUGCACGAGAACCUUCCAGUGGCGCAGCUUCUUCCUGGACGCAGAACCUCCAGCUAGAGUCUUUAAGUAAAACUUACCCGCUUAAAAAACAAUCCUCCAUCAGACGGUUUAUUUCGAUUAAGUGCGAAUACAUGUAAAAUCAUAGUUGGAUUGAGAGUUAUUCAGUAAACCCAUACAUUAAGAGCCUUUAUGGCUGUUUUCCCCAUAAUUUGGGUGGUUUUAAGGGGCAAAGACCUCACUUCAGCUUUUAAUCAUGUGUAUCCUGUUCUCAGUACAUACCAGCUGAAUUUAAAGCUGUGAAAAAACACAUGAAAGGUCAGAAAAUAAGGGAUUUUGCUUAAAAUCUUGAUCCAUCUUCUUGUUUAUGUUGUAACUUUUGUUAUGAUUUGUGCGUUGUAUUAUAUUUCUUUGAGUAGCGAAACGUUUCAUGGCAAAUAUAAUGACAAUUCCACCACAGUACUGAGUCAAUGAAAAGAGACUUCCCGAACUGCCAAUGUUGUAUUUAUGUAAUAUUUAAUUUUUGAAAUCCAGUAGCAAUUUUGAAAUGACAUUUCCUAGCAGAAAUGAAAGCAUUAAAAAUCUUUGUGCUGAAUUGCAGCAUAUUGUGUAUGCAUAACCUCAAACGUAAUAGGGAAAGAAUCUUGUGGCAUAAUACAUAAUAAAACUGAUUGUUACUAAAAAGGACCAUUUGCAUAUAGCUUAGUGCUGGUCAUAUACUGUACGACAUAAGACAACAGUAUUAUUAAUGAAACAAGAAACUACUAUUUUCACACUGCUUUGUCAUGUCAGUUGCUUUUAUUGAAAUGUAAAAGGAAAGGAAAAACAAACAUCCUGUUCUUUACUUCUCUCUUUUUCCUUUUUUUUUUUUAAGAUUAAUUGCCUUUAAAUCAUAAAUAAUGCGGAGAACUGUAGAUAUUUCCCUGUACCUGGGACAGAUAGACGUUGUCCUGAACUGCUUUAGAAGGCUUGAUGUUUAUUUAAAAGUACUAUAAUGCUCCACAAAAUAGUGAUGCUUAUGGUGAGAAGAGUGUUCUGAAGAUGUUCACAAUUUUUGUAUGUAGAAUAUUUUUUUUUUUUUUUGUACUUUCCAAAUGCUUCUGGAUAAAUUUGCCGCUUCUGAUAAAGACCUGAAAGUUUAAUUUUUACCUGAAAGAUGUUUGGAAAAAGAUUUAGGGAGGAAACCUACAAGUAUCGGGCCGUUUUGAACUUGAUUAAUAAUCUUUCUUAAGUGCAGUUCAGUGUGGGAAACAUCAAGAGGCUGUUCUGUAGGGAGAGAGAGACUUGCCAAGCACUAAGUGGGACAUGGAAGAGUGAAAACAAUACUACUGAGGAUUAAUUAUGUUGCUAUUAGGAAAGAAGAGACAGCGAGAAGACUGAGGCUUGCCAUGAAAGUGCCAGUGCCUUUUGACUUACGAAUUCUUUUUAUUCUCCAAAAUAUGCGGUUUACGCUCAAUGAGCCUUCAUCAGGAACUAAAAAGAUCCAGAGAUGAAGAGAAACAAAGUCUAAUUCAUGUGUUAUUGUGUUCCAACUUUACUGCGUAAGAUCUAUGAUCAAUGACUGUUUUGGAUGAAAGAGGUUAAAAAAAUGCUCAAAUGUGGAGUGUUACUGCCAAAACUGGAGACGAAAAUACAGGUGCUGCUACAAGAAAGCCUAUUUAUAACUAACAUGCGAAACAAAGGUUGCUAUGCUGGAUUUCAAGUGAUAAGAUCACUUCUUGUGAAGUAACAUGAGCGUUGACCCUUAAAAUUGUAUUUCAGAUUAAUUUUGUCAGUGCAGUUUUAAUAUGUUGAAAUCAUGACUGCUAAAUAAUUCUUGAUUUGGUGUUGCAUCAACCUGCGCACAUAAUGUCACAUGCCAAGGUCUAGGUUGAGAGUUUAGGGUGUAUGGAAAUGAAACGAGCCAUCGGACCUUCACAGUCAGUACAGAUUUAAUUGAACAUUACUUGAGGCGAAAACUCAUAUUUCUUGUGUUUCCUUGAUCUUUAGAGACUCAAACGUGCUCCCUGCAGAGCCUUAUUUUUUCAUAUGUAUAAUUAAUCGUCAAAGUUAUUUAUUCAUUUGUAUCUUUGCCAAUUAUGAGCUUCUAAUUAAAAAUUUCAAUAAUUGAUAUUUA